AUGUGGUUCCACGCUUUCUACCGGAGCUGUGUCAUUGCGCUAGUCUUUGUGGCCGCCGCCACAUCUGCCGCGGACCUCUGGGGAGACACCAACGACGACGACCGCCUUACAAAAGCCACCGGCGUCCUUUUCCACGAGUCCCAAGUCUUCAAAGGCCACCGCUACUACCUCUCCAAGCCCCUGGGCUACCCUGACUUCGACACCUCCGAGGCGCUGUGUCACCUCAUCGGCGGCUACCUGGUGGAGGUCAACGACGCCGACGAGCACCGCUUCAUCAAAUCUUUCCUCAACACUUUCAGCGACAUCUCGUACGUGUACACGGGCGGAAGUGACGAGAAGAAAGAAGGCAGCUGGGUGUUCCGCGGGAGCGGGAAGCCCGUGACCUACUUUGAUUGGGUCGAAGGUCAGCCGGGCAGCGACACCCUGGCCAACUGUCUGGUGUACCACAAGACCACGUGGUGGGGUAUGGACGACAACGUCUGCACGUUCUCCGGGGGCAGCAGCCGAUUCAUGUGUGAAGUCCACGUCAAGCAAGACUCGUACUUCUCCAAAUUCUUCAAAUUGUUGUGGAAAUAAAGACAUUCAGUUUCAUUUUUUUCUAAACUACAUUUUAAAGAUAUUUUCCCUUUUUUUUAAUUUUUUUAAUCCUUGACUAUAGCAACCGU